GGGUGUUUGUCCUCUCUGGGCAAAGGGGUGAGCAGACUAUAUCUUGGUAUCAAGAUAUACCAAGAUAUACUAUAUCAACCCAAACAAAAUGGUUUGGGUUGAAAAGCAAGUAAAAUAAUUAUAAGGCUUCCCAUACUUCCUAAUACAUAAGAGUGUAAAGCAGAGUGUGGAACUUGAACAUGGUGGAUACGAUAGCUAGCAGUAGAAGAACUGGUUUGUGGCAACUUCCUUAAUGUAAGUUUUGUGUGAUGUGGUGAGGCAUAGUUACCCUUGUUUAUCUUGGCCCUGCAGGGUGAUUUAGGCGUUGAGUUUCAACAUUUCUUUUAGAUGAUUUCAUAGAUCUGUCUUAGGGAAUGUUUUUCUUUCUUUAUUUAUCUUUCUUAUUGCCUUUGUUUGGUUGAGAGGCCUGGGAACGUCAUAAACAUGUUUUCCGUUCCAACAUUUUAUUUAUGUGCUUGGUCCAUUUCUAUCACUGCAGCAGGUGAUACAAAUGAACAGCACCCGAAAUAUUUGACAGUAUUUGAAAAUGGUAAGUGACCAAAUGUAAUGCAUUGUUCUGUGUUUUCUUUUUUCAAGUUCGUAGGCAUGGAAGGGCUUCUGAAAGCUCUGUGGUGCAUCUCAGGUCAGAGGCAAUUCUUCUUACAACUUGCUGUUAGCAUUUAAAAGAUGACUUCAAAGUCAUAUCUGUUCUUGAGCAAUUAUUGGUUCUGCAAAUGCAAAUUGCACCCCAGCCUGUAAUUUGACUAACACUUUGACAGACACUUAAACCAUGAAGGACAGAAGACAUGAGCAACAAUUGCUUGCUUUAAAAGAAGGAGCACACUAGAUACAGGCCCAUCCUUAAAUGAAGUUGUGUUGAUGUGUUGUGUUGUAUGGCAUAGCUUUCCUUGUUUAUCUUGGCCCAGCAUGUGACACAUACUACAGCAUCAGACAGGAAAUCGAACCGGCAACCUUCUAAUUAAUAGCCCGAUUCCCUAACCGCUCAGCCAUCUGACCCCCACAGUAUUUACACAGAACCUGUGUUUUUUCUUACUGGUCUCUGUAUAACACCCUGGAGUAUCCAAGAGUGGAGUCAUCCUCUCUGCUGAUUUGAAUGCAGGGCACAGUGGAUAUGUAAACCAUGAAUCACACACAAGUGACAACUCCAAACACCAAGUCCCCUUUAGCCUCCCUGUCCCACCCAACCCCAGAUGACAUUCAUCCACUCAUCCAGGCAAGCAGUCACCACUGUGGGCGGAGAGACACUCGCACAUAUUGGUAGACUUCAUCUUGGUCAUCCAAUGGAUACAACCACUAAGGUACAGUACUGAAGGUCUGGGGUGUUUGUCCUCUCUGGGCAAAGGGGUGAGCAGACUAUAUCUUGGUAUCAAGAUAUACCAAGAUAUACUAUAUCAACCCAAACAAAAUGGUUUGGGUUGAAAAGCAAGUAAAAUAAUUAUAAGGCUUCCCAUACUUCCUAAUACAUAAGAGUGUAAAGCAGAGUGUGGAACUUGAACAUGGUGGAUACGAUAGCUAGCAGUAGAAGAACUGGUUUGUGGCAACUUCCUUAAUGUAAGUUUUGUGUGAUGUGGUGAGGCAUAGUUACCCUUGUUUAUCUUGGCCCUGCAGGGUGAUUUAGGCGUUGAGUUUCAACAUUUCUUUUAGAUGAUUUCAUAGAUCUGUCUUAGGGAAUGUUUUUCUUUCUUUAUUUAUCUUUCUUAUUGCCUUUGUUUGGUUGAGAGGCCUGGGAACGUCAUAAACAUGUUUUCCGUUCCAACAUUUUAUUUAUGUGCUUGGUCCAUUUCUAUCACUGCAGCAGGUGAUACAAAUGAACAGCACCCGAAAUAUUUGACAGUAUUUGAAAAUGACAACGCAGCCCUCUUCAAAGAGGCGAGGCAGUCAAAGGAUUAUGAGGUGUACUACGCUCCACUCGGCAUUGACGGGAGGCGGGAUGCGACCCUCGGACAGAUGUCUUGCACCCACACCCAAGAGCAGACCAACCCCUGGUGGCGAGUGGACAUGCUCGUCCCGAUAGCGGUAGCCGCAGUACGCAUCACCAACCGACAAGACUGCUGUCCAGAGAGGCUGGAUGGCGCCGAGAUCCGCAUCGGUAACAACCCCGCAAAUAACGGCAACAGUAACCCUCGAUGUGCGCUCAUCUCCCACAUUGCUGCUGAACAGACCUUCCAGUGUGGGGGGAUGGAGGGCCGCUACGUUAACGUCAUCAUCCCUGGGGAGUUGAGAUAUCUUACCCUGUGUGAGGUAGAGGUCCUGACUGCCACCCCAGAUUACACAAUCCUCAGAGGAUUACAGGCAGCGCAGUCUUCGCUUUACUUUGCGGGUGACUCUGCCGGAAGUGCCGUCAAUGGUGUUCGCACCACCGUGUAUCCAACCUCCUGCACCUCGACCGCUCAGCAGACUGACCCCUGGUGGACGGCCGACCUGGGGGGCCUCUACAGGGUCACCGCGGUAACCAUCACCAACAGGUUGGACUGCUGCCCCGAGAGGCUGGACGGAGCGGAGAUCCGCGUGGGCUACUCCCUGGAGGACGACGGCAAGAACAACCCCAGGUGUGCGACUGUUGCCAGGAUCGCCGCGGGGGAGUCCGACCACUUUCUCUGCGUUGGCAUGGUGGGGCGCUAUGUCACCGUGGUGAUACCAGGACCAAACAGAAUUCUCACACUGUGUCAGAUGGAUGUGUUUGGAUUUCCCGCAGUCAACGUGGCACCGUCUGGAACGGCCAGUCAGUCUUCUUCGUAUGUCGGUUCCAGCAGUCCCCAGGUCGCCAUCGACGGGGACAAGAAACCUGUCUCCUGCAUCCAGACUAGUGUUGAGGCUGCCCCCUGGUGGAGAGUGGACCUAGGUGCAGGCUACAGAAUCACCGCUAUCGGUGUCACCAACAGAGACACGAAUCCUGAGUGGUUAGACAACGCCGAGAUUUGCAUCGGUGACACCCUGGACGUCCUGUGCCAGAGAAGGUGUGCUGUUAUCUCCCACAUUGCAGCAGGACAGACGCAGACCUUUGCCUGUGAUGGGAUGGAUGGUUGCUACGUAACAGUGUCCACCCCUGGGGACAGCCGUACUCUUCAGAUCUGCGAGGUGGAGAUCUACGGAGUGACUUUAGACACAUUCCCUAGCACUACCCCCCCACCCACCACCACCCCCACCCCUCCUCCCCCCGUCACCACCCCCCCGCCCCCUCCCACCCCCGCCCCUUCUGCGAGCGUGCAGCUGGGGGGCAGGAUGGUGACGCUGGUGGGAGAGAGGCUGUGCUGGUCGGACGCCCUGUUCUACUGCCGGGACCGCGACCUGGAUCUCCUCAGCCUGGCCAGCGAGGAGGAGCAGAGGGGCCUGGAGGCGCUGCUGGGGGGGGUCACCUUCCCCCUCACCCCGCACCUGUGGCUGGGCCUGCGCAGGAGCCUCCAGGGAAGCGACUGGUUCUGGAUGAGCGGACACCAGAUGACCUACAUGAGCUGGCUAAGAGGCUCCGCCCCCCCCGCGCAGGUCUCCAGACCCUGCGGAGCCGUGGCCAAUGGGAUGGACUUCCUGUGGGAGGACCGCCCCUGCAAGGAGCCCCUCAACUUCCUGUGUUUCUCAGGCGCUAACGAUGCAGGAGUCACCAGAGUCGGAUUCUACAGCAGCUACAGAAACUGACCACAGGGGGGCGCUGUACAGCAGCGCAGCCAGAGAGAGACCUCCUGAGGUGUGGUUUUACAGAGCUGGAACUGAUAACAGGUGCAGCAAAAGCGGACCUGCUGGGGGGUUCCUGUUUUAGAGCACAUUGAAAGAUUUGUCGUUUUUAUCUCUAUCUCUUCUACUUUGGGUCAGUAAAUGACUUUAGGACAGUGGACCAAACAUAGUGUGUAAAGAACUGUCUUUCAGAACCGAGUGGUUGCUAAGAAUGUAUGUAAUCCUGAAUAAACAAUGUAUG